CAAAAGCGCAUUAAACUGCAGUCUGCACAUGCAUUUCCCCUUCCAACUUGCUCAAAGUCGUAAAUGAGCCCCCUUUGGCCCCGCAGUCCCGGUGCAGCUCAACAGACUCACUUGCCUCAUGCGAUACUGACUGACAGUUUAUUUCGCGACGACCGCCACUGCAUCAGACCGCGUGCACUUUCUGGAUCCGCGUUCACGUUCCGAAAUAUUAACCUGUUGCUUCCCCGAACGCACACUCGCACGUGCACAGAGUGAAGUGACCAGUGACCCUACAGAUCGGAUAAUAUGUUCUGUUUCUGAUUCGCGCGAAAAACUAUCACUAUGUCGGACAGUCAGGAGUUCGAGAUUAAAACUGACACGAAUGCUUCCAGCACCUCUACCAACCCUAGGACACCCCCGAAUUGCGCCAGAUGCCGAAAUCACAGGAUGAAAAUACCCCUUAAAGGUCACAAGAGAUAUUGCAAAUACAGGAAUUGUGCAUGUGAAAAAUGCCGGUUGACUUCGGAAAGACAGCGGGUUAUGGCCAUGCAGACAGCCCUGAGAAGGGCUCAGGCCCAGGAUGAGGCUAUGGCUAAAAGUGGAGCCAUAGAUCCUCAUAUUUUACAAAACACACCAUCACCGAUUUUGUUGAAAAGAAAGCUGGAUUGCGAUUCUUCGUCUUCUUCACAGUGUUCGCCGCCUCCAAAAAUUAUGAGGACGAUGUCACCCUUAGCUGAACCUCCCACAACGUCUUCAUCUAUGGGAGCUGUUGCUCAAAGCACAGACCUCUUGGAAGACUGUCAGAAGUUGCUGGAGAGGUUCAAGUACCCUUGGGAGAUGAUGCCAUUGAUGCACGCCAUACUCAAGGGUGCAAGAGCGGAUUUGGAAGAAGCAUCAAGACGUAUAGACGAAGGAAAAGAAGCCGAAAUACUAUUAGAGUUCUGCCAAAGGAUUAGAGAUAAGUUUCAAAUAUCAUGGAGAAUGGUAGCGUUAGUCAAUGUAAUACUAAAGCAAGCAAAUGAGGAUCAAGAGGAAGCUUGGAGGCAGAUAGAUGAAGCAUUUCUGGAGGUUCGAACAUGGGCCGCCGUUGAGGCAGCCCGCAGUGCCUACCGCCAUAUACCAUACGCCGGCUUCUACUCGACGGCCACAGCCCUCUACCAUCCCCAUAUGUACCUGCCUGCCAUCCCGACUUACCACUCGGGGGCCGACCUUUUACCCACCGUCCCUUCGCGAUCACCGCCGUUACCUCAAGCCCCAUCAUUGACGCCGCCACAGUCGAAUGCCGUUCUUCGACCGGGCAGUCGAGCGUGAUCAGCUGUCGAAUCGUCUUUGUGGGCAACUUAAAGCAAGAAGAUGAACUUGUGUGAUCAAUUUUCCUGGUUUCAUUGUGGAAAACCUCCGUUCCAAGAACAAAAUCCGUCUCUAUGAACACAAUGUAUUCGUCCAAACUACAAUAACGCCAGUUCUACUAGAAAUCGUUUCGAUUGUAGGUGUUGUGAGUUAUGGAGAUUCUUCUGUAUGUUUCGCCAUUUCACGGAAAGUUUUCUUCUUUCUAAAUCGAAAAUGUAACCACAUUUUUUCGGAAGGACAACUGUAUUAUCAUUCGAAUGAUAAUUAUAAAAUUCAAUUGUGAAAUCCUAUAUAUUUUCGUAAUUUCUUCCGAAAAAUAUCUUCUUUCUUCAAUCAGAUGAAAUAAAAUCUCGAAAUCAAUCAACAGAAAAUAAAAAUGGAUGUCAAAUUCAACAUUUCCUCACGCUUUCAUUCAAAUCUUACGUUUUAAUUUUUCACCAAAUUUCGAAUGAACCAGUAACUUAAUUAUUCAGUAACACUGAAUUAUCAUUUAAAAAAUAUUAGCACAACAUUAAAGUACAUGUAUUAAUGGAUGAUUUCGAGUAAGAUGUACGAUUGUUUACACCUGACAUUCAAAAUUUUCCGAUUGGAAUUAUAAAGAAUGCACUUUCUUCAAAAUAGAUGAUUUUGAGAUAUGUAGUUGUAUCAUGUAAAAUACCAUUUUUCAAUGUGUAGGUAGUUACUAUGUAAGUUAUCUGUACAAAAUUAUUGUUUAAGUAUAGUUUUGUUGAACUUCCUAUGUCAUUGUUCUAUUGUAUGUAGGAUGUGGCUCUAAAAGCCUUGUGAUAUAUUAAACUAGAUUUCCAUGGAACGUUAACAUAUUUUUAUGUUCAAUUUUCAAUUUAGCAUUGCAUGGUUGCAUGUUGGACAAAUUCUGUCAAAAGUUUUUUCAAUUCCUUUUCAUGCUCAGUCUACAGUUUGUUCAAGAUUUUUUCAUUAUGGUAGUGUUUUAAACUGAGUUCGGAGAUAAUUUCAACUUCACAAGAAAAAAUGUACCUAUGUACUCAUGUCUACAGUUGAUUUGAGAUUUUGACUUUAUGACUCUGUGAUUGUUUCUUAUUUCCUUCUCUCCAUUUCUUUGAAAACAAAAUUUUCAAACCGAUAUUUUAUUCCAUACUUCUUAUUGUAAUGUUGAAAAAAAAUAAAAACCAAAGAUUUUUUAUUCCUUAUUUGAAAAAACAACUAGGAGUUCAAUAUAACUAUGGGAUGAAAAUAGACUGUAAUCAAGAAAAUGUACAACUUCCUUUCAAUUUAUUAUUUCACAAAUUGCAGCAUUUUUUUAAGUAUUCAAACAAUUUGCGAAAAGAAAGUAAUAUAAUUCAUUUCAUUUAUAGUACAUAACUAAUUGGAUUAGAACCUAUUCGGUAUAUAUUCGCAUGUAUUGUUUGUAAAUCAUGGUUGUGAAUAAACAUUUUUAGUUAAUUUUUUUCUUCUGAAGUUGUGAUACUCCUAAUUUUAUAGAAGAAACAAGGAAAAUGUUCUUUUAGCGAGACUUUGUUUCGUAGUCCUGAUCAAUUUCGAAAUCACUGUAUUGUAGAAUCAGGGAAUAAAUCCCAUUCAAGAAUUAUCAUGAUUGAAUUUAUCAAUCAUAGUUCUUGUAUCGAAAAAGUAUAUACGAAAGCUGGAAUAUUCUAUUCAAAUUAAUUGUAAGCAUAAAAAAUGUUAUGGAUGUAAAGGUAGAAGAUAAAGAUGUUAAAUAAGUAA